AUGGAGAAUCUUGUCUUUCAAGAUACAGGAGUUUACAGAUGUGGAAUUUCAACAUCUGGCAAGACUCUGGUGAUUGAUGUGCAGCUACAAGUAUAUGACGAACCCGUGUCUGUUCCAUUACUUCGAUUUUCACCACUAACAAGAGGCUCAAGUUGUGGGAACUAUGUGUCAGCGUUCUGUGAGCCUGUGCAUGGAUCCCUUCCCAUUCUGUACUCAUGGUACGAAAAGACCCCAUCUGGGGAUUCAAAGAUCUCUGAUACCAAUAAACUGGAUCUACAUUGUCAAUCCUUAAAACACAAUAACUAUCUGUAUUAUUGCAAUGCCUCAAAUGCGAAUGGAACAAAGUCCAGUGAAAUGAUCAGAAUGUCCACUUCCAACAAUGUCAGGAACUGCAGAUAUGUGAUUGAAGUCAACAGAAUGGCAGGGAGAAUUCAUUUCUGUGAAAACACUGUGACAGAAUCGAUGACAACUGCACAAAGAGAAAAAACUACUUCACCUGAAAUAAGAAUUUCUCCAUCAGUUUCGAGUGAUUUAUGGGCAGAAGAUAAAGUAAGAGGAGUUGUGGGAAGAGCGAUCAGAAUCGAUUGUCACUAUGCACCAAUGUACCGUUCAUUCACAAAGUAUUUCUGCCGCAUAAGGAGUCACCAGUGCACAUCGUUAGUGAAUACAAAUGGGCAAACUGAGCAGACUGGAAGAAUGACAAUCAGAGAUAAGACAUCCCAAGGAAUAUUUACUGUUACAAUGGAGAAUCUUGUCUUUCAAGAUGCAGGAGUUUACAGAUGUGGAAUUGCAACAUCUGGCAAGACUCUGGUGUUUGAUGUGCAGCUACAAGUAUCUGACGAACCCGUGUCUGUUCCAUUACUUCGAUUUUCACCACUAACAAGAGGCUCAAGUUGUGGGAACUAUGUGUCAGUGUUCUGUGAGCCUGUGCAUGGAUCCCUUCCCAUUCAGUACUCAUGGUACGAAAAGACCCCAUCUGGGGAUUCAAAGAUCUCUGAUACCUUUAAACUGGAUCUACAUUGUCAAUCCUUAAAAGACAAUAACUAUCUGUAUUAUUGCAAUGUCUCAAAUGCGAAUGGAACAAAGUCCAGUGAAAUGAUCAGAAUGUCCACGUCCAACAAUGUCAGGAACUGCAGAUAUGUGAUUGAAGUCAACAGAAUGGGGAAAAUUAAUUUCUGUGAAAACACUGUGACAGAAUCGAUGACAACUGCACCAAGGGAAAAAACUACUUCACCUGAAAUAAGAAUUUCUUCCUCAGUUUCGGGUGACUUAUGGGCAGAAGAUAAAGUAAGAGGAGUUGUGGGAAGAGCGAUCAGAAUCGAUUGUCACUAUGCACCAAUAUACCGUUCACACACAAAGUAUUUCUGCCGCAUGCAGAGUCACCAGUGCACAUCCUUAGUGAAUACAAAUGGGCAAACUGAGCAGACUGGAAGAAUGACAAUCAGAGAUAAGACAUCCCAAGGAAUAUUUACUGUUACAAUGGAGAAUCUUGUCUUUCAAGAUACAGGAGUUUACAGAUGUGGAAUUGCAACAUCUGGCAAGACUCUGGUGUUUGAUGUGCAGCUACAAGUAUAUGACGAACCUGUGUCUGUUCCAUUACUUCGAUUUUCACCACUAACAAGAGGCUCAAGUUGUGGGAACUAUGUGUCAGCGUUCUGUGAGCCUGUGCAUGGAUCCCUUCCCAUUCAGUACUCAUGGUACGAAAAGACCCCAUCUGGGGAUUCAAAGAUCUCUGAUACCAAUAAACUGGAUCUACAUUGUCAAUCCUUAAAACACAAUAACUAUCUGUAUUAUUGCAAUGUCUCAAAUGGGAAUGGAACAAAGUCCAGUGAAAUGAUCAGAAUGUCCACCUCCAACAAUGUCAGGAACUGCAGAUAUGUGAUUGAAGUCAACAGAAUGGGGAAAAUUCAUUUAUGUGAAAACACAGUGACAGAAUCGAUGACAACUGCACAAAGAGCAAAAACAACUUCACCUGCAAUGUAA